UUGCUCAAACAUUAACACACAAUAAUAAAAAAUAACUGAAAUAUUAAAAAUUAGAAAAAAUUCGUAAUAUACUUUGGUUUUAAAAAUGUCCAUUAUAAUCCUUACCGCAAAUUAGUUUUUACGCCGUUAGCAUUAGAAAUUUAUAGCCGGCAAAACAUUCCAUAUACUUGAAUCAGGAGUUUGUUAAACAGCUGAUGUUUUUAAACAAAUUUCUCGAUGCAUUUUUUUAACAAAUGUGCAUUGUUUUAAAUAAUCAAGAAAAAUGAGUGAAGAAAUGAAAACAUGUGCAGUACAAAUGGGAGAAGAUGAGGAUGAUUCAAGAGCCACGCCGGAAAGACCACCCUUUUCACCUAUAGGAUCACAAAUAUCAAAUGAAAAAGACAAAGAUACCCACAUGCCGACAGUUAAAACAGAGUCCAUAGAUAUUGUAAAACAAAAUGAUAACGAUCAGAAGGCACAAGAGGAGGAGAUCACACCACCAACACAAACUCAAGAAACAUCCAAACAAGAGGCCAAUAAAAUGUCAGCAAAUACAAAUGACAAUCAAGAGGUAAGAGUGAAAUCAGAACCAGACUUAGAUGAGGCUCAUGUUGUCGAUUAUGAUAUGCCCUUGUCAAAGACUCCUGAAAAAGAACAUGCUUCAACAGCAGCCCAAUCUAGCGAUUUGGAAACCACUAGAUUAUUAAGUAAUUUUCCAACAGUGGAAGCAGUAAAUGGAAAUACCUUUCAAAUGCCUACAACAAACUCUGUAACAGAUAAUACAGCAAAAUCAGCACUUGAUGCCUAUCUAGAUGGUUUGGCUACUCCUAUAGCACCUGUACGACCUCGCUUAAGAGUAAAAACAGAGUUUUCCCUUAUACCGCCAACUCCACGACCUGAGACUUCACCCCAACCUGAUUCUUUAAAUAAUCAAAGUAACAGUAUGGAAACUGAUCAAUCACCACCACCACCGCCCCCCUUAAUAUCAUCUGUUACCACCACAGAUAGUCUAGCAGAUGGCAUAGCCACUCCAAGAAUAUCUUUAGCGGCCAUAAAUCGCCUUAGAGUAAAAAACGAGUUUUCUACACCUGUACCAGAUUACAAUGAAGAUUCCUCUUCUUUACCCAGUGAUUAUUUUAAUGAUCUUUUAGAGACCAGAGAAACGAAAAGAGAAUCCGGAGAAGUGUCCAGCGAUAGCGAGGAUGAUAGUGAAGAUGAAAAUAUACCGGCCGAUUUCUUUGAUGAUUUACUACAAGAUAAACUAAAAGAAAGAAUUGAAGAGGCUAGAAAUAAUGAGUUAGAAGAAAAAUUUUCAGAACGUUUAAAGGAAUUAAAGAGAUUACAAAAAGAAAAACGUAAAAAAAGUAAAAAGCAAAAGAAAUCUAAAAAGAAAUCAAGAAAACGUUCUAGAUCAAGAUCCGUAUCGCCCUCAAGUAAUAGAACGAAAGAGAAACAGCAACAAGAUGUUGCUGAUAGUUUAAAUCAUUAUAAAAUUAAACGUAGUAGAAAUUUACCUCCUUCACACCAAGAAACAAAUACAAAAGCAGGCUCAAGUAGUGUUUUUAACCGGGAGUAUUUAGAGGAUUGUCUAAGAGUGGAUCAAAAUAUUAGAGUGAAAAGGGAAGCUUCCAUCAGUAAUGUGGAUAAUAAUCCAAUUGAGAGUGGAAUUUUGGUGGAAAAUGUAGAGGAAAUUGAGGAAGUUUUAACGCCUAAGCAAAAGAGAGAAAGAGCUAUCAAACGUGCCACUGCCUUACUGCAACACCUCAAAGAUACCGCCGGCGCUGAAGAAUCUAAUAUUUUCUCUUCUUUUCCCUUCGUUUCCACGGUACGCAAAUUGCCCACCAGUCAUUCAUAUGUUCAGCAACAAAUCUAUGAAAAUCGUUCUCCUCUGCACACAAUCAAUAAUGUUAGUUAUAAAUUUAAUUCUCAUACCACUCGUUUCAACAUGGAGGAAUGGGGUUUAGCUGCACUUCCAACGCAUGCCGCCAAAGUGGCUAAAUUAAUAGGCUGUGAUGCUCAGUUUAUACAUACCAAAUUGAAAACGAUUAAAAUUCCGGCCAAAUUGAAAAAAGUCAAACAGGAGUCGGGCAAUAAGGAUCAGCAGGAAAAUGAUGAAGAAGAGGAAUUAAUAGAAACCAGUUCAUCGUUAUACUGUAAUGCCAUGACACAAACAGAUGAUCUGGAAGAAUUCGAUAUGCAGCGUAAGACAAAAGGUUAUGACAUAGCUAUACAAGUAGAGCCCAGUGUCUAUAGCAUAGGCUGUCAGACUCUAGAAACACAAUCGCCUACAGAGAAUAUGCAUCAAGAUGAUGAUUCGCCCAUUAUGAAUAUUAUACGUGAUCUUAAUGAGAAUCAAUUAAUGGCCAUACAUCAAUUUGCCGAAUUGAUACGACAACCAAAUGCCAAUGUCAGCAAUGCCAUGGAAAUGUAUAAAAUUCAAAUGCAAAUAGUGGAUAUAUAUAAAAUAUCACAAAUUCCCUCUGCCUUGGCUACGACACAAACCCAGGCUAUUAAUAAUUAUACCACAACCUGCACCACCAAUACAAGUCCUUCGCGGCAAAGAGGUAAUGUACAACCACCAAGAGAAUCAAACCAGUUGACCAUACAAAGUGUUCGCGGAGCUGAUGGUACACAAUUUUCCAUUAAUGAUCCUAGAGCUAAGUCAGCAGUUUAUUCUCAAAGAAUUGCUAAAAAUACUGGUGCUGGUUCAUCAUCAUCAACAUCAUCAUCAUCAUUAUCGUCGUCCUCUUCAACUACAUAUGAUUCUAGAUAUUCAGCUUUUGCUCAACCCUCUCAUCAUGGCAGAUCUUCACCCCAUGAGACCUAUUCACAGGGACGUUCGUUUGCCAAUGAUAACGGUAGUAGAUCUUCUUCGCAUCAACGUCAGUAUGGACAAAAAAGUCAACCUCCUCUGCCUACUACAACGAAAUUUUAUGGUCGUGGUGGUUUAAGACGUUGACCUAGGUUGGAAAUGGUGAUUUGAUAGGAUUUAUUUUUUAUUUUUAUUUACUAUUAAUUCCUCAACAAUGUCUGAAACUAUUCCUUAAUGUCGAUAGUUAAUCGUUGCCAAGUUAAUGUAAUUAUGGACUAGUUUAUUGAUUAGACUAUGGACUUGUUUAUAGACUAGAUUUAAGACUAGUCUAUUGUCUAUGGAAUAGACUACGUGAUAGUCUACAGACAAGUCUAUAAAAGAGUCUAUGGACUAGUUUAUUGACUAUACAGUGGACUUUUCCAUUGGCAAGUCUAUUGACAAGUCUAUGAACCAGUCUGUUGACUAGUCUAUGAACUAGUCUGUUGACUAGUCUAUGAAAUAGUCUAUUGAGAAGUAUAUUGUCUAGUGUAUGGAAUAGACUGGGUAAUAGUCUACGGAAUAGUGUAUAGAAGAGUCUGUGGCCUCGUUUAUUGACUCGACAAUGGACUAGUCAAUGAACUUUACUAUUGACUUUUUAUGGACUAGUUUAUGGGCAUUUCUAUUGACUAAUCUAUAGACUAGACUCUAGACUAGUCUAUUGUCUAGUCUAUGGAAUUGCCUACGUUGUAGUCUACAGAUAUGUCAAUAGAAGAGUCUAUGGACUUGUUUAUUGGCUAGACUAUAGACAAGUCAAUUGACAUUUCUAUUGUCAAGUCUAUAAUCUAGUCUAUGAACUAGUUCAUUGACUAGUCUAUGAACUAGUCUAUAAACUAGUCUAUAAACU